CCUUUGUUUAUUGAGAUGUGCAGGUAGGUCACCGAAACUUUGUCACAUCCCACUGCCACUCCUAUAAGCGCUCGAGGCCGUGAUAUGUUGUCAAACUGGUAUGUCUCGUGAUGACUUGUGUUUUCGCUGUGAAUGAAACACACAGGUGAAUAUGGAAGUAGUUUAAUCAAAACCCGCGAAUAUGUGAAUUCUUUGUGUUUAUAUUGUUAAUCUAGCUAUAAUAAUUUACAGCACCAAGAAAGGAAAUCUGUGGGGAAAUCUGAAAGUGUUUUCCUUAUAAAGUUUCCUUGUACGGAGCACAACAUAGUGUAAAGGUACAAUGCUGGGGUUUCAAGCAAUAUAUUUCAGCUUGCUAUCCCUGCUGCAUCUUGUUUGGGGCAGAGUAAUCUACAAUGGAAAUGAUGUGUUCCUAGAUGAGAAGUCAGCAGGUUCAUUUAUCUCCCGUAAACUGUUGAAAAACAGUUGGGAUUUUGAGGCAGUGGUGCCUGGCAAUAUAGAGAGAGAAUGCAAGGAGGAAAUAUGCUCAUAUGAAGAGGCCAGAGAGGUGUUUGAAGAUGACAAACUAACAGCCAGUUUUUGGGAAACCUAUAGCAACAGUCAUGAGACUUUGCACCCACUCGAUGUGUCUGGUUUGGUAGCUGGCAUUGUGGCUAUUGUAAUAACAGCGAUUAUAGUCACUGUGCUGGGCAUUUAUUGCUACAAGAACCGAGGCAAAAAUGCAAGAGGGGGAAGUGUUCCUGUGCAUAUGGGAGUGGAUGGCCUGCCAGUACCUGAAUCUGUGCCCUUGUCUAUUGUGGCUCCGGGUCUCCCCUCGUACAAUGAGGCUCUGACUCACAGUGGCCAGCACGAUGCCCCCCCACCGCCAUACUCUGGGGGAAGUCCACCCGAGCCGACAGAAACUCCAGAUGAGGAAUGACAAAGACACGAUGUGUUUUUUUCACAAAAAAUGUGUUGUUGUUUUUGGGGUGGGGU